AUUGGUUUGCUUUCGAAACGAUGGACAAUCUUCUACGAGGAGUAUAUAACGGUGGCCGCACAUUCAACACGCAGACACACGACGACAUUGAGAAUCUAGAAAGAAGAGAGGAAAGAAAUAAUGGAAAUCAGAAUAGUCUUCAUUUUUCUACUGGAACAGAAGAAGCUUCGCCAAAUAUACAAGAAGAAAAUGAAACUCGUCCAAAAGAAAAUAAAUCUCAAAAUUAUAGUAAAAAAAGACAAGCGAGAGAUGAGUUACCUCAAGAAAUCAAAGCAGCGCGACGUCAAAUGGAUGAAGCUUUUGAAUUCAUGAAAGAGAAUAAAGAUGAUUAAUAUUACA